GCGCAUGCGCAGUGUGGACGGCAGCGCUAGCGGUGCGGCGGAGCGGAAGCGCGAGGAGUUUCUUUAGCUUUAAUUAUUCAACCUAUUAAUUAUAGUGUUUAUGAAUCUGCGCAAUGGCGGGAAUCAAAGCUCUGAUCAGCCUGUCGUUUGGUGGCGCGAUCGGUCUGAUGUUCCUCAUGCUGGGCUGCGCUCUGCCCGUCUAUAAUGCGUACUGGCCUCUGUUCCUGCUCUUCUUCUACAUCCUGGCACCUAUCCCAUACUGCAUCUCUCGCCGCGUGCUGGACGACACGGACUCGGCCAGCAACGCCUGCAAAGAGCUGGCCAUAUUCCUGACCACAGGCAUCGUGGUGUCCGCCUUCGGGCUGCCCGUCAUAUUCGCCCGCGCUCACGUGAUGGCCUGGGGAGCCUGUGCUCUGGUGCUGGCGGGAAACAUCGUGAUCUUCGCCACCAUCCUGGGCUUCUUCCUGGUGUUCGGCUCGAACGAUGACUUCAGUUGGCAGCAGUGGUGAAGCAGGACUCUUUCCCUCGAUGCUCAUCUCACUCUGACAUUACUGCUUUAUUUAUAAUUGCCGCCCAUUGAUAGAAGCAGGAAUCCAGUGCAAUAAUUGUGUUAAUGCUAGAUCGGUCUGACCUCAGAUAGUUCAGGUGGUCGCACAGAAGCACUGGAGACGUCCGAUUGUUUCUCUGCUGCUCGAUCUUUGUCCCUGUUUUCCCAGUUACUCGGGAAAAACCGGCUUUGCUCUUCCUUUCUUUUUUUAUUCAGAGUUUAUUUGUUUGUUCUCGUAUUAAACGUGACAUUGACUGACGCUCAUUAUGUCGUUUUGGAUGAUUGUGUUGGUUUGUUUUUAAUGCGUAGCGAUGCUUUUGGCAUCUUGAGAAACCCAGACAUUUCCCGCAAACGUUUCUUUUAACCACAAAUGUGACCCUGGAGCACAAAAGCAGUGUUAAGUCGCUGGGGUAUAUUUGUAGCAAUAGCC